UCCAUCUGCUUAGAUUCUUCCUAGAAGCAUCUACAAGUUGAAAUCAUUAAAAACUCUCAUUCUUUCUGGUUGUUCAUUGAUUGACCAUUUAGAAGAAGAUAUUGAGCAGAUGGAAUCCAUGACAGUACUAAAGGCAGAUCAUACUGCCAUAACAGUAAUACCCAAGUCAUUAGCAAGAUUGGAAGCACUUAAGCAUGGAUAUGUAUCUUUCCUAGGCCUUGAAGGAAGAGCACGAGAUGUAUUUCCUUCUCUCAUAUGGUCUUGGAUGUCACCCGCCGAUAUUCCCCAGUCCAGCAGUGAAGAAUUUUUGCUGAGCAUGUCAUCUCUAGUUUUUUCUGUCAUACAGAAUGGCAGAUUUCAUGGCCUAUCUCCAUUUUUGGGCGAUCUUGCCAAGCUUCGAGGUGUGUGGGAAGAAUGCCGAUCACAGUCUCGAUUCGAUGGAGAAAUGGCGAGACUUUUGGAUGCCUUGUAUGGGACAAACUUCAUGGAAUUGGAAUCCACACCAAGCAGAUCCGUGGAAGCUUCUACAUCAUUUGACGGUCAUGAUCAAGUUCAGAAUGCAACAUCGGUAGAUUCCCUCAAUUCUCUUUUAAUUCAAAUGGCAGGGAGCUGCAAAGUAGACUUAUUGAAAGACAAAAUACUACAGGUUUGUCUCUGUUUUCUUUUCUACCACCAUCAUGUUUGGAAACAUUGGUUUUCUGGAGUACCAGACUCAUAUCAAUAUUGCAUGCAUGAGAAAUCCAUAGUUUCAUUAACAAACAGUGAUUACCUUACGGAUGCAAUAUUGCUUCCCACAAGUCUAAUGAGCAUGUUAUAAUGAAGGGAGUCGUAUUUUAUUUUCCCUUUUCCGGGCCACAUUGUUGUUUU